AUGGCAUCCGUAGCUUCGGUCGCUGAGCUUCAUCGGUUGAUGGAACGAUUUUGGUUAAUCGAAGAAGGUGACUCAACUCCGUGCCACUCAGUGGAAGAGGCUGCUUGCGAGAACCACUUCCAGAGCACGGUUUCUCGAACGGAUGAUGGCAGAUACAUGGUGCGGUUACCAGUGAAGCAGGACCUUCUCCCCAACCUAGGCAACAAUUGGAAUACGGCAAAUCGGCGUUUCAAGUAUUUGGAAAGUAAACUAUCACGGAAUAAUGAUCAGCGAAUCCAGUAUGUCGAGUUUAUGCACGAAUAUUUGUUCUUGGGUCACAUGUGUGAAGUAAAUAGAGCUCACCAAUUAGACGCUCUCGAGUACUUCAUGCCUCAUCACGCAGUAAUACGCGAAUCGAGCACUACAACUAAAAUUCGCGUAGUCUUUGAUGCAUCCUGCAGGUCCGCAUCCGGUGCAUCACUGAACGACAUCCUCAUGGUUGGCCCUGUAGUACAGGAGGACAUCCGAUCUAUCAUCAUGCGAGCUCGAAAACAUCAAAUCAUGCUUAUUGGCGACAUAAAGCAAAUGUAUCGACAAAUAUUAGUGGAUCCACGUGACACCCCGAUGCAGCGCAUUGUCUGGAGAAGCAAUUCAACAUCACCAUUGGCAACCUUCGAGCUUAAAACCGUUACUUACGGUACAGCAAGCGCCCCGUUUCUAGCAACUCGUGUGUUGCAGCAACUUGCCGACGACGAGCAAAAAGAUUUUCCCGAAGCAGCGACUAUCCUGAAACAAGACUUCUACGUCGACUAUUUAUUCUCCGGAGCUGAGACUGUUGAAAAGGUCAUAUCGUUACGCGAGCAACUUGAUGCAUUAUGUCAGCGAGGAGGAUUUGAACUCCGUAAGUAUGCAUCCAAUUCCGAAGCAGCCUUAGAGGGACUUUCAGAUGACAAACGAGCUCUACAAUCAACUAUCGAAUUUGAUGAGAAUCCAAUAAUCAAAACUCUGGGUCUACAUUGGGAACCUGCUUCCGAUGUUCUCAAAUACGUCAUCAAUCUCGAACCAUCAUCAUCCGACAUGUGCCUUACUAAACGAAACGCUUUGUCAUUAAUUGCGCGACUUUUUGACCCCCUUGGCUUAGUCGCACCCGUCGUGGUGACUGCCAAGAUCUACAUGCAAGUUUUAUGGACAUUGCGAGAUGAAGAUUCCAAAACCUGGCCUUGGGAUCGUCCUCUCCCGAAAGAUCUAAUCAUUCGUUGGAAUUCGUACUAUUCACAACUUCAUCAUCUUAAUAUGCUCAAGAUUGAACGUUGCAUUUUGGUCGCUAAUCCAACAUCCAUUCAGCUUCAUCUCUUCUCUGAUGCGUCAGAGUUAGCUUACGGAGCCUGUGCCUUCGACCCGUCCGGUUUUGUAAAAAUUGCUUUGAUAACGACCAAAUCGAAAGUAGCCCCCCUCCAAAAGAAAAGUAUCGCACGCAUUGAACUUUGCGGCGCCUUAGCCGCCGCCCAACUUUAUCAAAAAAUCAUUUCCUCGCUGAAAACCAAUCCAGAAACCUUUUUUUGGGUUGACUCGACAACCGUCUUGGCGUGGUUAAAUUCAACACCUUCUACGUGGAGCACGUUCGUCGCCAAUCGCGUGUCGAAAAUUCAAUUGGCUACCAUCAACAGUCACUGGAAUCACGUGUCUGGAAAGGAAAAUCCAGCUGACCAUCUUUCCCGUGGAACCACCGCCGAGUUUCUUCUGAAUUGCUCAUCCUGGUGGAAUGGUCCUGAUUGGCUGAGGUUUGAACCUGAGUUUUGGCCUAGCAACAACCAUCAAAAACCUCUUACUGAAGUGGCAGAAGAGAAACGAAAAACUCUGUCACUGAUUGCCGCAGCCCCACGUGAAGAAACUUUCCUAGAUCCUUACGUGCAAAGAUUUUCCGACUAUAGAAAAAUGCUUCGAGUGACUGCCUAUUGCAUGAGAUUCAUCGAUAGGUUUUCAUUAAAAACUUGCUUCAAUCACCCAACAACAAAUCUGACAGUCGAGGAAAUCCGAAGAGCAGAAAAGAACCUCAUACGCAUUCUACAAGAACAACAUUUUGAAGAAGAAGUUAGGUGCCUACACGACGGAAAACAAGUGUCUGCAAAAUCAAAGCUUCGCUGGUUUCAUCCAAUUUUGGGAUUCGAUCAUCUACUUCGCAUCGGGGGACGUUUGAACAAAUCUCCACGAACCUACGACAGCAAGCAUCAAAUAAUUUUACCAUCCACCCACGCAUUCUCAACUCUGCUCAUUCGUUCUUUCCACCUCAAUCAUCUGCACGCAGCACCUCAACUUUUACUAAGCCUUCUACGCAUGAGGUAUUGGGUUUUGGGAGCCAGAAAUCGUGCCCGAUUGAUCGUUCGCCAGUGCAUCAUCUGCUUUAAAGCUCGCCCUAAAUUAGUCGAGCAGUUUAUGGGUGAACUACCUGCUGCACGAAUAACAGCAACACGACCAUUCGCCGUCGCGGGCGUUGAUUACUGGGGGCCCAUCUUUCUCAAACCAGUCCACCGGCGCGCUGCGUCUGAGAAAGCAUUUGUCGCUGUUUUCGUUUGCUUCUCAACGAAAGCAGUACAUAUUGAACUCGUUGCCGAUCUUAGUACUGCCAAGUUCAUUCAAGCGCUUCGGAGAUUUGUAUCGCGACGAGGAUUAUGCUCCGACAUGCACAGCGACAACGGUCGUAAUUUUCUGGGAGCCGACAACGAAUUACGCCGAUUGGUCAACAGUUCUUCCCACCAACAAGCCGUCAAUCAAGAAUGCCUCGCUCACGGAAUAAGGUGGCACUUCAACCCACCAAAGGCUUCUCACUUCGGGGGAUUAUCGUUGCAAUUCCCGACGCCGGAAGAGGCGUGGUCCAGGAAGAAGUCGGUCCUGAAGAACUUGAGAGUUUUCGGAUGCAAGGCGAUGUAUCAAACUCCCAAGCAGUUGCGACAGAAGUACGAUCCGAAAUCGGAAGAAGGCAUUUUCGUUGGCUAUCCGAUGAAUUCCAAAGGAUAUCGGAUCUACAACCCAAUUACCAAGCAGAUCGUCGUUAGCAGACAAGUAAUUUUCGUCAACGAAGGGAAACCAGCUAAAUCGAUUCCAGAGGAACCAGCGGUAGAACUAACGGAGUUGUUCUACAAUAUGACUCCAAGGCAGCCGAAAGAGGUCAAUCCAGGAGCAGAUAGUCGAAGCGUUGUUCUGCAGAGCGAACAAAAUAUUGAAGCCCGACCGGAAGCUGAAUCGAUUGUGGUGGAGCCUGACGUGGCGCUCCCAUCGCAACUAAAAACAAGACCAGCUGAUGACCUGAAGGGUCGAGGCACAGCGGAAGAGAUGAACGCGCUUGCCGAAAACGAAACCUGGGAGCUCACGGAUCUUCCACCGGGCAGGACGGCGAUCCGAAAUAAGUGGGAUUUCAAGAUCAAUCGAGAUUCCGAUGGUCGACCGGGGCGAUGCAAAGCGAGGCUAGUGAUAAAAGGUUGCUCCCAGCGGCUCAGGAUUGACUACAGCGAGGUAUACGCGCCGGUGGUCCGGUACUGCACAGUCCGUUACUUGAUGGCCCUUGCAGUACAGCAUGAUUUGGAAAUCGAGCAGAUGGACGCAGUAACAGCUUUCUUACAAGGAAAGCUUUCGGAGGACAUCUACAUGGAACAACCUGAAGGGUUCAACGAUGGUUCUUCGAAGGUGUGCCGACUGAAGCGUGCGUUAAAUAUAUGGCCUAAAACAAUCCAGCAGGGUAUGGAACAGCCAGCUGGACGAAGCGUUGCGGAACUUUGGCUUUAUCCGUUCGAAGCUGGAUCCUUGUAUGCAGGGUUGGUAAAACACGCCCGUCACGCUUGA